AUGGCCCGCCGUGACGAGAGCCAUGAAGAUUCGAUUUUUUCCGAAGAGGAAGGGUCAAUAAGUGGUGAGAGUGCUGUCUCUGAGUCGUCGUCUGUGGCCACAAACGACGCUCGAGGAGCGAAACGCACAAGAAGUGCGUCAAGAGAGCACUCAACCUCGCCAACCCCGUCAUCGUCCAAUGAGAAACCCAAUCAACCAAAAAAGCGGCGAGCGGCCACGAAACCCCGAAACCCCAAAAAGCUGGCUGUGGCUCCCUGGAAUUGGCAAAGAAGAGCUGUCACUUCGGACCGAAUGGGCCGCCUAAAUUACAAGGGCGCCAUAGUCGCUGACGACGCCCUUUCGAUCGGUUUCGCCGACAAAUCUACGUUAAGGUCUGGCAAUUUCGUCUACGUUAUGGCAGAACCCCUAGGGGAACCGUAUUAUAUUGGUCGCAUUAUGGAAUUCGUGAAAAUCUCAGACCCCGCGAAACCCGAUUCCGACAACGCAAGUGAUUUGUACCAGGUCCGUCUCAACUGGCUCUAUCGGCCAGCGGAUCUGCACAAAUCUGCAAAAAAUACCCGCGAGCUCUUCCUCACUAUGCAUGCUGACCUCUGCCCCUUGGCCAGUGUGCGUGGGAAAUGCGUCGUGAAACACCGGGCUGAGAUCGGCUCCACUGCAGAAUUUGCCAACUAUAUCAAGGUUCCAAACAGCUUUUGGUUCGACCGCUUGUGGGAUAGAUACAUUGAGCGUUUUUUCGAUGUGGUUCCAAGUAAAAAUCUCGUCAGUUUACCCUCUGAUCUUCGAGAGAUCCUGAGCUCUCGUUAUCAGUACGUGGUUUUGGAGCCGAGCAAAACUAAAGAGCUCACUUCUGGGAUCAGUCAAGAGUGCAAAACGUGUUGUGAGUGGGCAACUGAUGAAGAUUCUGUCACUUGUGCUCGCUGCGAUUCAACUUACCACAUGGCCUGUCUCGAUCCACCAUUGACAUACAAGCCUCCCCGUGGGUUUGGCUGGUCAUGUGCUGAAUGUACUCAAGCAGUUGAAGAAAGGUUCAGAGAUCGUCAAAUAGUUGGCAAUGCAGUAAAGUCGCCAACAGAAUCGAGCGAGCAGCAUACUGUUGAGUCCAGCAUCGCUGAAGCAGACUCCUCCGAUGCUGCGCCCGUUCCAACAUACAUCAAAAUCGCUAAUGCGAUUGCAAAGCAUGUCGAUGAGUCGAAAAAUUCCCGUCAAGAAGCGUUUUGGAGUUUCCGCUACCUUGGUAUUCACGCUAGCAUCGAAGACGCUUUUGAUGCUGAUGAUCGAAUCCACCCAAGGGCAGCUUCCAGAAUUGGAUAUAAGCACCAGGCUUUGAUUAAACAGUGGCCUGGGCGUCCCGUUAUUUAUUACAAGAGGCAAAUUCGCGAAGGUCGUAUGCGAGGGGGGCGCAGAGGAGGUCGAAAACCAACAAAAAAGGAUCAAAGCCCGCCAGGCCUUGACACGAGUUUACCUUGGGUUCAGGAGAUGCCUAAAGGUUAUUUAGAACGUGGCUCAGAUGCAACAUCAACGUUAAUGUGGGCUCCGGACGUCAGAAACCCCGACUCCUUCCUCGAAAAAACCAAAGUAUACGCGGAAAAGCUUUCGUUGCACCCGACGUCUCCCAAUUUCCUGGACGCUUGUCUUAAAGCUUUCCAUGAUUCAGCAGGUGAUGAAGCACGGGCAUUGAGGAUAGUCGCGACAUUUACUCGAAAAUCCCUGAAAGAACCUACUUUCUCUGACGAAGAAGUUGAGCGUUUCGAAGAAGCAGUCGAGCAGUAUGGAAGCGAACUGCACGAUGUCUACAAACAUGUUGGUACUCAAUCCUCAGCGGACAUCGUCAGGUUCUAUUACAUGUGGAAGAAGACGCCGGGAGGGCAUCGAGUUUGGGAUAAUUGUCAAGCUCGCUUGUCCCGUCGCAAAACAUCAAAGCUCAAUACAGAGUUCAUAUCCAGUAUUGCCGACACCGCUGACCCUGACAUCACUUUUAGCAGUGAAAAGAUCAAAAAGCUGCAAAAAGCUGUGGAAUGCAAGCAUUGUCACACCAGGGUUUCCAGAAAAUGGAAACGAGCUUCUGGUCGCCUGCCCACUGAAAAUGAUGAUCCUAUCGAGGCAUUGUGUCUGAGAUGUGCACGACUCUGGUACAGGUAUGGUAUUGUUUGGCAGGACCCACAGACUGUACUGGAAAUUUUGUCUAGUAAGGGGGCCGCAAAAGAUAUGCUUGAACCUGAGCUUAUAGAGGACAGUAAAUCUAUUGUGGCAGAGAGGGAAAGAGGUGAGCGACUAUUGAAACGGGAAGAAGCCCAAGCUCGAAAAUCUAAAAAUGAUGGAAAUUCAGAUGAUGAUGUGCUUUUGAGCCCAAAUGAAACUUCAGGCUCUGAGGCCGAAACUAAAGUUGAGGCAUCUGAAGCUGCAAAUGAGCUUGAAAGCGAAUCCCCUGACGAGGAGAGUGAAGAGAUUGAGGAUGACGAAGAGGAUGAUGUGGAUGAGAGCAUUCAAAAUUCGUAUUGUGUCAUCUGUUGCCAGCGUGACCCUUAUAUGACAUGUGUUCAAUGCAUGCAAUGCAACAUUAUUGUCCACCGUGAUUGCUACAGUGUGGAAGAAGACACUAUGGCCUCGCAUUGGCUGUGUGACCCAUGCAGCAAUAAUGUGAACACUGUGUCUAGCAUCAAUUACCAAUGUGCUCUAUGUCCCUGCGAAUCUGUCAGUUAUAUUCAAUGGAUCCAGGGUGAAAGUCAGGGCAAUCCAGAUAUUCUUCGGUUUGCAGAGUUUGGUCGCUGGGUUCAUCAACGGUGUGCUGUCUGGGAUCCACAUGUUACUUUUGGCAUUCGUGACAAACGAGUGGUUGUAAACGGAGUUCUAGAGGCCUUGGAAGUGAAAAAAGAGGCUAGCUGUUCUAUUUGUUCUUCGGAUAUUCCUGCAAACUGCUGUUGUGAUACAUGCUUGAAACAGUUGCAUGCUGGUUGUGCCGGAUCCAAGGGCUAUGCUAUGGGUUUCAAAAUUAAUACCCAACCAGCGGAAGGGCAGGUCUCGGUUCAGUUCAACGGUGUAAUUGGUGUUUUGGAAAAUCGUAUUCGAUGUUCGGAUCACGCGGUGGACGACCUCAUCCCCAUGUCGGAGGUUGAUGAAGUCACAGGUCUGUCAAUCUUACAGCUAUUUAUCGAACGAUAUCUUCACUCUGAGCGGGAUUACGGUGCGUCAGAUAGAGCGCAGCUUGUUAAUAAACGAAGACCUGCCCACGAAGAAAACCUGUUGGCUGUGCCGGCAAAUGCAGCCAUUUCCCCCCUCAAUCGGCCAUUACUGGUUAAUAAAACAUCUUGUGCUACUUGUGGCAUGUCUGGCGCAGUUUUUUGGUAUAAUAUUACGCCAAGAGAGACUGCAGACACCAUCCAGCUGCAAUGCCCUAGAUGCUUCGCUGGCGAGUCAACGUUACGAGAGGAGGCUUCAGCACCACUGUCUACCAUCGCACAAUUGUCUACUGCUCAAAUGGAGCAUAUCGUUAGUGGAUAUAUUCAGUAA